CACUAGUGCGACAAGUGUUUCCACUACAAGACUUCCAGAGCCACGAUGUCGGGGGAGGAAACCAAGAACGAGGUUUUCACAGUGACUGAAAUGGGAGAUGUGGCAGCGGAGAAAGCUGCAAUCUCCGCAGACAAGAAGGAAUGCAGGUAUGAGCUGUAUGUGCAGCCCUGCCUGGCUGAGCUGUUUGGGACGAGCCUGUUUGUGUUCGUGGGCUGUGCGUCUGUCGUCGGGAACGUGGGCAUCGGUGCCAUCCAGCCGGCCGUGGCACAUGGGCUGGCGCUGGGAGUGCUGAUCAUGGUGUUGGGGCAAAUCAGUGGGGGACACUUUAACCCCGCAGUGUCUCUGAGCGUCUACCUGUGUGGAGGGAUGAAGCUGGUUCUGCUGCUGCCUUACAUCCUGGCUCAGUUGGCUGGAGGGAUGAUUGGUGCUGGUUUGACCAAGGCCAUGUACACGUCUAGUAUAUAUGACGCUUCCCUUGGAGGAGCAUUUAACGUAGCCGGUGAUCUCGGUAGAACCACGCUGGCAGAAGCAGUGAUGACCCUGAUCCUUACCAUGGUGGUCUGCAUGGCGGCCGUCAACAGCCGAACCCGAACACCGGUGGCCCCUUUCUGCAUCGGCCUCACUGUGACGGCCAACAUACUUGCUGGAGGAACACUGUCCGGAGCCUGUAUGAACCCUGCCAGAGCCUUCGGUCCUGCAGUCGCUGCCAACCACUGGGAACAUCACUGGGUCUACUGGGUCGGACCCACGUGUGGCGCGCUGCUCACUUCCAGCUUCAUCAGGUUGAUGCUCGGCGAUCACAAAACCCGAGUUGUGCUAAAAUGAGAGCGAUCGAACGCGCCGACCGACCUGACGACAGCUCUUCCGUCUGAAUGUUCGCGCAUGACUCAGCAACGAGGCUGCGACGUGCAAACUUGCAAGAAAAACACACUUCUCUUUGGACGUCUCUUUGGAUCAGCUAUAAUUGUUACAGUCUUUUGUAUUCAUUGUUUGGGUCAAAGUCCUGAACGGACAAUCACACCUAAAAUAUCUUUAUUACUUAAUAUAUGGUACAAGGACAGGGUGCUGUGCUACACAAUAAAGCCAGAUUAGAAUCGUAAAGCGGUGCCCUUCGAUCAAAUGAAACGCAGCCGCUACUUCUGUUAAAGUCAAAGUCUUCUGAAACACAGCCAAAAUGUACAACAAAAAUGGAUGGAAGAUGGAUCCUUCAGCCCUGUGAAACCAUGAGACCCAGAACUGUUUUCGUCCAACACUUUCUAUAGUAUAGAUGUAUUAUAACAUGUACACAGGCCUGAAUCAGAUUCUACAGCAACAGGAACAACAUACGCAAAUACUGCAUCAUUUUUACAAAGGAUUUUUUCUUAUUUAAUGUCACUGCCAGAAGAAGUAUUUAGAUCCAGUCGUCAUGUAAAAGUAGGAACACCCCAAUCCAAGAUCUGUGUAUGCAGAAAAAUGUCUCUUUUGAUAUUGUAUAUACUAUCAGUCAAUUAUUACUGAUAAUUAAUCAAACCUAGAGCCAUUGUAUCAUAAAAACAUGUAAUUUCAUUUAAAGAAUAAAACUCACUGUACAAUAAGA